GCAGGCAGAUGGCGAUAGAAGAGAAAGUCGUUGUUUAGAUGAGGUCACGGUCUGCUUUCUUUAACUUUGUUUUGUCACUAUUGUUUAUAUGAGAGUCAUCAUGGCAGCAGAGGAUGUAGAUGUUGAUAUAGAAGGGGAAGAAACAGAAAUCUCUAAAGGGUACUACUUAACUAGGAAGCGACUUCCUGAGAAGUUGUGGACUGGGAUAAAAGAUUCAGAAAAGCCAGUCAUUAAAAAGCCAGCAAAUAAAUCCAGUUUGUUUCCAAUGAAGUGGACAAAAGAAGAGAAAGAUCUUUUUGAACAAGGGCUGACAAAAUUUGGGCGAAGGUGGACAAAGAUUGCAAAACUGAUUGGAAGUCGCACUGUUCUGCAAGUGAAGAGUUACGCUAGACAGUACUUUAAAAAUAAGAUGAAGCAGGAUAUUGCAUACAUAGAGGAAAAAAACUUGUGCAACAGUCAAAUCUUGUCUGUCUCAUCAGAGGUAGAUCAGAAGCUAAAACCCAUAUGUCCAUCAUCCUUUCAGUUAAGAGGGAGAGCUGAUCCAAACUUGAAUGCAGUGAAGAUUGAAAAACUGUCUGAUGAUGAAGAUGUAAAUAUCACAGAUGAAACAGAUGACCCUCUUGAUUCUACAGAUCAGGAAGAAAUGGAACAGAAAGAUUUACUAGAUGCUUGUUCUCGCUCAUGUGAAGCAGCUGUGCAUAGCAUUUGUGCUUCUAACUUUGAUGCACAAGCAUGCAACACAUUGAACACAGCAGAACAAUUUUAUCCUGUUACAGGAACAAGUAAAGAGCAAGCAACAGGAUUUUCUAAAAGUGCUGCAGACUGCCCUGAGUAUGAGAACAAUGGUAACAAAGGUCCAACAGUGAUUUCCUUUUCUCAUAAAGAAAAUCUAGUUCCAUGGAACAGACAUCAUGGGAAGAGAUCAGAAGACUUGGUGAAAGAAAUGCUGGAUGGUAGUGAGGAAGCCAAAGACCAAACAGACAUCUCUGUCUCUAAUGGAAUAAAUGAAGAACACCAGGAUGAGGAGGAAGAACUGAAACCACCUGAGCAAGAAAUAGAUAUGGAUAGAAAUAUCAUUUCUGAAGAGGAAAAGCAAGCCAUUCCUGAGUUUUUUGAAGGACGCCCUUCAAAAACACCAGAAAGAUACUUAAAGAUUAGAAACUUCAUUUUGGACCAAUGGGAGAAGUGCAAACCUAAAUAUCUGAACAAGACAUCUGUUCGCCCAGGCCUUAAAAACUGUGGUGAUGUCAACUGCAUUGGAAGAAUACACACUUAUUUGGAAUUGAUAGGAGCCAUCAAUUUCAACUGUGAGCAGGCAGUUUAUAACAGACCACGACCAGCAGACAAAACUCGGACUAAAGAAGGAAAUGACAGUAUGGAAGCAUACCAGCUUGCUCAUCGUCUGCAAAGCAUGCGCACCAGAAGACGACGUGUCCGAGAUCCUUUGGGGAAGUGGUGUGACUCUAAGGAUUUGGAAGGACAGACAUUUGAGCAUCUCUCUGCUGAGGAGCUUGCCAGAAGAAGAGUCGAAGAGGAGCAGUAUAGACCUGCAAAAUCAUCUAGAGCUCCAAGACAGAUAAAAAGCACUUUUGAUCCAUUCCAGCUGAUCCCAUGUUUGCCAUUCACAGAUGAAAAACAGGAACCCUUUACAGUGAAGGUAUCAUCAGAGGCAUUAUUAAUACUGGAGAUGCAUUCACACGUUUCUCUGGCAGAAGUGAUUGGUCUAUUAGGAGGAAGAUAUAUAGAAACUGAAAAAAUACUCGAGGUAGGUAUUUCAUUUACAGAUUUUAAGACUGUACAUUGUACUAACUCUUGUGCUUCAACCUGUAAAAAAAAAAAAAAAGCAAUCAGCCUGACAAACAGUCUGAAAUCCAAAAGUACAUCAGGUAAUUUUGCUCUCUGUGCUGGAGCAAACGAAUGA